AUGAAGUUUUUGGAGGAAGCAGAGAAGCCACUGUAUAAGGGAUGCAAACGUUACACAAAGUUGAGUGCACUUGUAAAACUAUACAAUACCAAAGCAAGGCAUGGGAUGAGUGAUGCUCUAUUUUCAGAUCUACUAGCAGAUUUUGGGGACAUGCUGCCAGAUAACCACAAUCUGCCAUCGUCAAUUUAUGAAGCAAAGAAGACGUUGAGUUGUUUGGCUUUGAGUCAUGAAAAGAUUCAUGCUUGUUCCAAUGAUUGCAUCCUUUAUAGGAAACAAUAUAAAGACUGCAUAAGCUGCCCGAAAUGUGGCUUAUCAAGAUGGAAGCUAACCAAGAAAAAUGAUGAGAAGAAAGGUGUUCCUGCCAAAGUGGUUUGGUAUUUCCCUCCCAUACCAAGAUUUAAGCGCAUGUUUAAAUCUUUAGAAACUUCCAGAAAUUUAACAUGGCAUGCAGAUAUCACAAGAGUUGUUGGUCAGUUACGCCAUCCAGUUGAUUCACCGUCAUGGAAAUUGGUGGAUCAUAUGUGGCCCGACUUUGGAAGUGAGGCAAGAAAUAUUCACCUGGCACUUGCAGCCGAUGGAAUUAAUCCUCACAUCAAUCUUAGGCCGAAACAGCCUGGAAACGAUAUCGACGUCUACCUUGAGGUUCUGGUUGAUGAUUUGCAGCUCUUGUGGGAAGGAGUUGAUGGAGUUUAUGAUGCUUAUCGAAGGGAGGUUUUCACUCUUAAAGCAGUUCUUUUAUGGACCAUCAACGACUUUCCUGCAUAUGGUAACUUUAGUGGAUGUACUACACAUGGUUAUUACGCAUGCCCAAUAUGUGGUGAGGAUACUUAUGCAAAGCACUUACAAAAUGGGAAGAAAAUGUCAUUUGCUGGGCAUAGACGAUUCCUACCACGAUUUCAUCCAUAUCGGAGGCAAAUAAAGGAGUUUAAUGGCAUGGAGGAACUUGGUGAAGCAGGUAGGCCAUUAUAUGGAAUUAAGUUGUUUGACAAGCUUUCAGACAUAACAUGUGAGUUUGGAAAGAAAACAAGUGGAAAAAUCAAGGACAAUGUGGCAGCUAGGUUGGACAUGGUUCAGAUGGGAAUUAGGCCUCAAUUGGCUCCUAAGAUUGGUGAGAAAAGAACAUAUCUACCUCCUGCAGCAUGCUCAUUCACAAAAAAUGAGAGAUUACAAGUAUGUAGGUCAUUAAUGGAUAUAAAAGUUCCGGAAGGUUUCUCAUCAAACAUGAAGAAUCUUGUCUGCAUGGAUGAGAUGAAGCUGAGUAGCUUGAAAUCACAUGAUUCUCAUGUUAUAAUGCAGCACUUCCUGCCAAUAGUCAUACGUAAUUCUCUGCCAAAAUAUGUUAGAUAUGCUGUCACAAGAUUAUGCUUCUUCUUCAAAGAUAUUUGUUGCAAGAUUAUCGAUGUAGCCAAGUUAGAUAAGCUGCAAUCUGACUUGAUCAUUACACUCUGCUUAUUGGAGCAGUAUUUCCUCCCUUCUUUCUUCGAUAUCAUGCUCCACUUAAUAGUUCAUCUUGUUCGUGAAGUCCAAUUAUGUGGACCAGUCUACUUCAGAUGGAUGUACCCAUUUGAAAGAUGCAUGAAGGUGUUGAAAAGUUACGUAGGCAGUCAAAAAUAUCCGGAAGGUCGCAUUGUUCGGAGAUAUGCAGCAGAAGAAGCAGUUGAAUUUUGUUCAGAAUAUCUCAAUGACCUUGAUCCUGUUGGGGUCCCUAAAUCACUACGUGACCCAAACGCAAGCAUUCCUGGAUUCUCAGCAAGCAAUUCAUCAAUCAUCGUCCAACAAAUUGAUCUCCAAUAA